AUGGAUGGCAUCCGACCAACUCCAAUUGGCGACGUCGUCUUCCUUCUCUUUCCGCCCGCCACUUCAUACCGCCCUCUACUCUUGUUGCUUAGCUACCUAGCUAGCUAGCUUUCCUCUCCACUCCAUCCACCCACGCACCUCAAUCGAUCGAUCCUCCAUGGCGGCGGCGGUGCUGGCGGUGCUGUGGGCGUGCAUGAUGAUGAUGAGCCUAGCUCCGGCGAGCUUGGCGGCGUCGGGGUUCGAGGAGGUGCCGACGAUCGCGUUCGACGAGGGGUUCUCGCCGCUGUUCGGGGAGGACAACAUGGUGAAGUCGGCCGACGGGCGCACGGUGAGCAUCACCCUCAACCGCUACACCGGCUCCGGCUUCAUCUCCUCCGACUACUACCACCAUGGCUUCUUCAGCGCCUCCAUCAAGCUCCCCAAGGACCACACCGCCGGCGUAGUCGUCGCCUUCUACCUGUCUAAUGGAGAUGUGUUCGAGAAGACGCACGACGAGCUGGACUUCGAGUUCUUGGGCAACAGGUACAGGCACGAGUGGAAGAUGCAGACGAACGUGUACGGCAAUGGCAGCACGGACCGUGGGCGGGAGGAGAGGUAUCUGAUGCCGUUCGACCCAACCGCCGACGCCCACCGCUUCUCCAUCCUCUGGCACUCCCGCCUCAUCGUCUUCUACGUCGACGGCGUCCCCAUCCGCGAGGUCCCGCGCACCGCCGCCAUGGGCGCCGACUACCCCUCCAAGCCCAUGGCGCUCUACGUCACCAUCUGGGACGGCUCCACCUGGGCCACCGACAACGGCAAGUACAAGGUCAACUACAAGCGCGGGCCCUUCACCGCCGUCUUCUCCGACCUCGUCCUCCGCGGCUGCACCGCCCGCUCCGACAUCCGCCUCGCCACCACCGCCGACGACCAGGACAGGUGCGCCGCGGCGGAGGAGGACCUCAUGGAGAGCGACGAGUACUCCUCGACCAUGGCCAUGACGGCGAGGAAGCGGAUGGCGAUGCGGCGGUUCAGGCAGCGGCAGAUGCUCUACACCGUGUGCUACGACACCAACAGGUACCCGGAGCCGUUCCCGGAGUGCGACGUCAACAUGGCGGAGCGGCAGAUGUACUGGCAGUGGGGGGAGUCCAAGGUGGUUCGCCCCCGCGUCCGACCACGACCCGGCCGCCGCUCCAAGCGCCGCCCCUCGCCGGAGGCCACGGCCAUCCCGCCGCCCGUGCUCGUCUCCUUGCAGCAAGCUGACUAGUCUUUGAUUAGAAUAUUCUAUUCUAUGAUGAGGCUCUAGCUCCAUCAUAAUUCUUUGAUUAAUUUUGCUUCCUUCACAUGCGUACAUCGAUCAUACUGUAAUUAGUACCCCCUGAUGAUAGAGAUUAAUUUAUUGUUACUGCUGCUUCUUCACGACGAACAGUUAUAACCGUGGUCUUAAUUAACCAUUAACUAUAAAUCUAUCAAUAGGUAAUCCUUUGUUGGUUUAUCCUAUUUGAUGUC